GCUUUUGUUAGCUGUUAUGUUGGCUAGCAAGUAGUUAAUAACACCGUAUAACAUUACGGUAAGUAAUAUUUAGACUUUAAAGGCGGUUAUUAGAUAAAGAAUGGACUCAAACUCGUUAUACUAUUCCUUGGAACUCGUUGCCGGUAGCGGGCAUACUCUAAGCGUUGAGCAAAGAACCGCCCUGCAGACCUCCUUGACGAUUCUGAAGAAAAACUACAAAUUCCAUCGAGUCUUGUUUUGGGGCAAAAUAUUGGGAUUAAAGGAGGAUUAUUUUAUUGCUCAGGGGAGAGGAGAAGAUGAGAUGAAGGAUAAAAAGAAUCUGUAUAGCUUCAACUGCAUGGACUGGUUCCUGCUGCCCGAUGCCACAGACUCUAUGAUCGAUAAAGUGUCCAGGGCUGCCAAGAGUCGCUUCAUAGGAGACCCCUCAUAUGUGUAUGAGCGGCUUGAGAUCCGCAGGCGAGGAGAAGGAGAUGAGGCUGAAGAGGAGGUGGUAGCGGCCAAAGUCAAUGAGGAGAGCAGGCUGGCAGUAACAAUCCAUCAGAUUGAUGAGGAAGUGUCUGUAGUACCACGUGGCGCCUUCAUCAAGAGUCCAAAUGGCCUUGUCCAGAUCAACCGCAGCUUUGGGGGUCUGUCUCUCUCAGAGGCAGGGAAGCUUGACAAUUUCCUUCACUUCAGCAAACCAAAGAUUCUGAAGAAGAAAUCCAUCCUGGAAAUGGGUGAAUUGAACCCAGCUAUUGACUUCCUGGAUGUACUUAGUGAAGACAUUCCUAAAGGGUCAUGGAGUCACCAGUUUGAAUGUGCCAGCAAAGUGUGCUUGCUUCGCAGCCUGAUGUGGCUUGGCCUAACCUUCUACCAUGUGCCAAUGACGCCACAGCACGGAUACCUCUACAUUGGCGAUGGGACCAAGAACUUGGACCUUCCUUUCAUGCUAUAAAGAGACUUCUUAAUACUUAUACAAAUUUCUCUUGUUUCUCUGUUGUUCAUAUCAAUCCUCAAAACAAAAAUGUAUUUUAUACAACUUA